AUGGCUUUCAAUGCAUCUGAGAGUGACAUGGAUGGGAAUCAAGCAUUUUAUGCCGUUGAACUCUCUGUGAUUGUGUUUGUGUGGCAUCUUCUGAUUGUCGUUUUGGGUGUUCCGGGGAACGUUCUGAUCCUGAUCGUGUUCCUGGCCAAGCCUCGUCGGACCAGCACCGCCGUGCUCAUCAUGGCGCUCGCUGCCGCCGAUCUCUUCGCCUGCCUGGCGCGCCUCUGCGAGGUAGUCUACCAGGGGAUCGAGCUUUCAGGCAGCGCACCGCCCACCGGACUGUUCGUGACCAUCACCGUGGUCAACAAUCUUUCACUGACUGCGGCCGCGUUGAUGACGGCCCUGAUCGCCUUAGAUCGCUACGACUGCAUCUGUCGACAUAGUAAUCGACUGCUGAGCCACCGGCGAUCUUGUGGAGCAGUUGUCUUCAUUUGCUGCUUGACAUUAUGCACCAACAUCCCCCUCUUCGUCUAUCUCUCCGGCAACCUCAACUGGUACAUGGUGGUGUUCUCCAAACAAGUCUUGUUCUACUUCUUCGAUGUCCUGGUGGUUUUCGUCUGUUACGGGAGGGUGUACGCGGCGAUCCGAAAACACGUCCGGGUCGGCGUAAAUCGGUUGACUACAGCCGGUCACAAUCCGUCGGUUCUCAGUGAUACUUCAGCGUCUGGUCGUCGGAACGUCUCUCGGUACGAGACCAGACAACCUCCUGGAACUAUUCCAGCAAUUGCAGCCCCGGAGAUGCCUUGUUGCAGUGCUAACACCGCCCCUCCAUCCCGAGCUCCCAGGAAAGUUUUCCUUGAUUCCAAAACACGAAGCCCGGGCGUCACAUCUUUGUCAAGGUCUCUAGAUGUCACGAGUGGUGGAGCUCAGGGCACCACUUUGGCCCGGGGAGGGUCCAAAAGUCCAGGAAGCUCCCAACGAGAGUCGCUGUCCACCACCAACGCGGGGCAACCCCGGGCCUCCACCACCCGCAGCGGCCCGCCGGCUACGCUUCAAAGGAGGACCACUCGAAUGCUCUUCUUGGCCACGCUGAUUUUCCUCCUGACUUACAUCCCAUACUGGAUCUUCGUCGGGAUGGCAUUCGCCGGUCGACCCCACGAUGCCGUCUAUCAUAUCAUGAGGAAUGUCCUACACCUGAUGUUCCUGAACAACGCCGUGAACCCACUGAUCUACGGGGUGGCCAACCGGCGGUUUCGCAAAGACGUUCGAGAUGUCCUACGGAAGAUGUGCGGUCGAAAAUCCACAGAGUAA